AUGUCCUCAGCCAUCACUUUCAACGAACCCAUGAUUUCUCCCAAAGAUCGGGUUGCUCCGUCGAAAUUGAGCAUCGAGGCUCUGCUCAUUGCUGAACCCAUGGAUGCCUCGCCACCCCCCAACACCCCCGCAACCGCAGCCCUUGAGGAAUAUGGACAGGAAAGCAUGCUUCAAGCCCGUCGCUUUCUCAUGUUCAAACCAAGGGAGUUUUUGCCUGCUUUGAAGAUUUGUACGGGCAUGUUCUUGCCUGACGACCAGCCGAUCAUGGCGGCCCCUCCAAACUCUCCAACGACUAGCCAUCGUGCUAAGUUUGAGGAUGAGGAAGAGAUGGCGCUUCUUCCUUGGGCAGUUGCACUCAAAGCCAGUGGUCUCGACGGUGGCGAAGAAGUCUUCCAUACAGAUUAUCCCAACUCUAGCAAUCUACGCAAUCCGUCGCAGGUUCUCUCACCAGCUAAUUCCGUCUUCACCGACGAUGGUAGCUCCACUGGCUCUGGUGACGAAGCUACUGGCGGAUGCUAG